AUGGCAACUAAUUCUGAAAAGAUUAUAUGGUACUGGCAAUCUAACGACGAUCCAUUUUCAAACAAACAAUCAGCAAGAUGGAAUGCAUACUCUGAUGCUGACAUUCAAACUAUUGAAGAUGCUUAUCAAUCCAAGAAGAAAACUGUAAAAAUUGGAAAUUAUAUGAUCGACAUUGACUCCAAAUUACAAAUUAAAAUUAAUGAUCCCAGUAAAGUUAGGCCAAUUAUGCGUGAAUGUAUUUCAAAAGUAGUGGAGACCAAUAAUCCUUUAAGACAGCAGCGUUUUUUUUCCGAAGAACCCAAAUUCACGAAAUCAUUUGAUGAAGUUCAUGAAAAAGGAUCGAAAUUUAUAAUAGAUUGGAAAGAAAAAAUACUAGCCAAUGAUUCUGAGUUCAAACAAUGUGUACGUCAAGAUCUUCGUUUGAAAAGAUGUGCUGACUUAGCCGGUAAAGGAAUUAUUAUUGAAGGAAAUGAACUAGGUCGCUCUAACGAAGCUAAGGCGAUAUCCAUUGAAUUAACAAAUGCAGGAACUAAUCUUUUCCAAAUUGUUGUCAAAUUAUACACGAAUAACUCGUUUCUUUAUCCAGAAAUGAAUAAAGCUCUUCGUGAGAAAGAUUUUUCUAAGCUAUCAACUUUUGGUCCCUACGUGUAUCUGCUUCACCAACUGCUCAUCGAAUCAAGCUUAAUGGUUUAUAAUACAACUGUUUAUCGUGGGGCUUUAUUAUCAGCAGAAAUGAUUGAACAAUACAAAUCAUCUGAAGGUGAAAUAGCAAAAUGGCUAGGCUUUUCAUCUACAUCACGAAAUCGUAGUAAAAGUGAAAAUUGGCUUGGCUCGAAUACAUUAUUCAUUAUUGAUAUCAAACAAGAACCACAUCCAUUCGACUGUGGUUAUGAUAUAUCUCGAUUCUCAAGUUUUCCAAACGAAGAAGAAGUUUUAUUGUUAGCUGGAGGACGAUUUAAAAUUGAGAGAGUUGACUUUGAUACCGCAAGCAACAAAUAUUUUAUUUAUCUGAGUGUUUUUUGA